GGGUAUCGUAAGUUUAUUCAUACGCUUUAUUAAAACAGGAGUAGGCUAGGGUUUCCAAUUGCUUCAGCUCUCUCGAUUAACAAUCAGCAAAUCAGACCCACCCACGAAGACGACUGCUUUGUUGUUGUCCAUUAACGCUCGACACACGAAGACAAUGGCUCUGCAUCAACUGACGACGAAGGGACGGAUGAAUACGAUGGUUCUGUAUCAACCGGCGGCGAAGGGACGCACUGCUCUGCAUCGCCGGAAUACUUCAUACACAGACGGAGCUAGCCGCAUGAAGCUCUGCCGCUCCUCCAGCGCCGCUCCUUAUGUGCCGCUCCUUAUGCGCCGCUCCUUAUGCGCCGCUCAUCCAGCUCUAAUUGUCACUCUCUCAUCACCAGCAAUUCCAUGAUGUGGCUGUCCAUCACCUUUAUCACCUCUCUUUAGCCUUAUUUAUCUCCAGCAUCUCUAGGAAUAAAAAGUGCUAUGAAAGUGAAGUAUGCUAAUAUGUGUGAAAAAAGUGUUUCAACUUCUACAAAGGUUACCAUGGAAGGUUUUACUGAGAAAGUUGUAAACCCGAUGAAGAGCCUCGAUCUCUACGAGUCUCGGGGUUCUCCAAUUAUGCUCUCUAAGCUUUUCAGAAUUGGGCCGUCCCAUUUAUGUCAGGCCAAUUCAAGGUUUGGAAUUUGCAGUGGCGAAGUUCGUAGAAAGUGGCGGUUCAUUCGCCAACCACCACAUGGCAUUCAACAUUCAAGAUUCAUCAUUGAGCAAGAAAUCAAAAUCAAUGAGGCACAGAAGCACUGGGCAUCAUUUUGCUGCGAUGCUACGAAGAUUUGAUAUAAUUUUUAUAGCAUAUAGUAUUAAUUUAGUAGUAUGUCUUGUGAACUCAUAGCUAGUUUUUUUUGUUGAGCGUUGUGAACUCAUUGUUAGUUUUGUUGAGUGAUGUGAGCUCAUAGAUAGUUUUUGAUGAAUAUUUUUGGAUUUACUCAAUAUUGAUGUAAAUUGUGGAUUAUUGUUAGUUAUGAUUAAUGAAAUGUGUUUGUUGUUAUAUGAUAAAUGUUAUUUUGAUGAUG